UUUGCUCUGAUGGGGAAGGUACAUUAUUAUGAAUUUCGUCAGAAUUAUUCUGGUGCGUUAGAGACCAUCAACCAAGUGAUUGUGAGUUACCCGUCAUUUCUACCUGCCCUGGUCAAGAAGAUGAAGCUGCUGUUGACGCUACAGGACUGGGAACAAACCGUGGAUGCAGCUCAAAGAAAGACUGGAUCAUUGUUUCUCUUUCCCUGUUGGAUGAGGGCCAGUGAGCGGCAGAAUGAAAAGGGCCUUUUAGACCUCAAAGGGUCUGUGUGAAAACCAGUUCUCUCAGGUGGAGCUGGAUUGUGAUUAUUCAAGCUAAUUUAUGUACAGUAUUUGCUCUAAAAUUGCUUUAAAGAGACAUUUUGUAAAUCAGAGGGACUAU